ACAAGUGCACUAUAGCACCUGAACAUAAGACAACUCAAGAGGAAGCCUGAGAAUUAAAAUAUGGCCUUUGAAGGUCUUUAUCUUCUGUCUCUUCUGUUCCUGACACAUGGAAGCACAUACGUUCAAGGGAGCUGUGGAAGUGCUGAGUUCCAGUGCACCAGUGGACAGUGUAUAGACAUAGCGUGGAGGUGUGAUGGAACUAAAGACUGCACAGAUGACUCGGAUGAACUAAACUGUCCAACUCCAACAUGCACCUCACAAGAAUUCAAGUGUGUGACAAGUGGCGAAUGCAUUUCAUUGGGGUUUGUCUGCGACGGUGAGAAAGAUUGCGUUGAUGGCUCGGAUGAAGAAAGAGCCUGUGGUGGACGGACGUGCAGCCCAGACCAGUUCACGUGCCACGAGGGUCAGUGCAUCCCCAGCAAAUACAGAUGUGACAGAGUGAAGGACUGUGUGGACAACUCUGAUGAGAACAACUGCAACUAUCCUCCGUGCACUCAGAAGACAUGCGCUAACGGCGCCUGUUAUAACAACUCCCAGCACUGCAACGGGCUACAGGACUGCAGAGACGGCUCUGAUGAAUUCAACUGCACGACUCAGCAUUGUCCCAUCCACCAAUAUCAGUGUGCGAACGGCUACUGCAUCCCAACAUCCUUUGUGUGUGACCACUGGGACGACUGUGGCGACAACAGCGAUGAACAAGGCUGUGUGUACCAGAGCUGCAGCGGUAGUGAGUUCACGUGCACCAGUGGCCGCUGUAUCCCUCAGCGCUGGGUGUGCGACAAGUUCAACGACUGUGGAGACUUCAGUGAUGAGAAAGGAUGCGAUAGUAACUCUCGAGACUGUUAUCCUGGUGAGUGGGGGUGUCCAAGCUCAACAGCGUGUAUACCAGUGACCAAAGUGUGUGACGGCAGCCCCGACUGUCCUGGAGGAACAGAUGAGACCAACUCCACCGCACAGCAAACCUGCAGCCUGGAUCGCUGCUCCACCUUGAGCUGUGAGUUCCACUGUCACCCAUCGCCUCAAGGAGGUUCCUGCUACUGCCCUGAUGGCUUCACUGUAGCCAAUGACAGUCGCUCCUGUGUAGACUAUAAUGACUGUCAGAUCUGGGGGAUCUGUGACCAGAUGUGUGAAGAUCGACCUGGGACACACCACUGCAGCUGUGCUGAUGGAUACUUCUUGCAGCAGGGCCACUUGUGCAAAGCCAACGUGUCAGCUGGAUUGCCACAACUCAUUUUUACAAAUGGUGGUGAUGUGGAAAUGGCCGACAUACACGGGCGAUUUGUCAGAGUAUUGGUGCCAUCCCAGGGCAAAGGUUACGCGGUCGGUGUCGCCUACCACUCGCACAGUAACCUCGUCUUCUGGAGUGACACGUACACCAAAAUGGUAUAUUCAGCGGACUAUAAUGGGGGCAACAUUAAGGAGAUUCUGACUGCUGCAGUCCACAAUGUCCAGAACCUGGCUGUGGACUGGAUCAACUUCAAACUGUAUGUCUUAGAGGCCAUGGUGGAGCGUAUCGACAUGUGUGACUUCGAUGGAGGGAACCGGGUCACGCUGGUGGCCGAAAACCUGGAGACACCUCAUGGUCUUGCCCUGGACCCAACAGUUGGCUACAUGUUCUUCACAGACAAGGGCUUCUCCAGUGAGCAGAUGAAGCUUGAACGCGCCUUCAUGGACGGCAGCAAUCGCCUCGAGCUGGUGAAGAAGGGACUCGGCACUCCGACAGGAAUCACCGUUGAUAUUGUCACGCAGAGGGUUUACUGGUCUGACAGCCACUUUGACACCGUGGAGACCGUCACCUACAACGGUUUGGAAAGGAAAAUGGUCCUCAAUGGCGCCACCCAGUCCCCACAUCCUUUUGGAAUCGCCGUGUUUGAGAACCACGUGUUCUUCACUGACUGGACCAAGAUGGGAGUCAUCAGAGCCAACAGGUUCAACGGCAGCAGCCCAGCACUCCUCUACAGAACCACAAAGCAACCGGGUCACGUGGUCAUCUCUCAUCCUGUCCUUCAACCUAUUGUGUUGAACCCCUGCGGGAGACACAAUGGCGGCUGCCAGCACAUUUGUGUCUUGAGUCACCGCACUGACAACGACGGCCUGGGCUUCCGCUGCAAGUGUCGCCACGGUUACGACCUGCAGAGUGACCGCCGCACCUGCUUUAAGGUGAAGAGCUACUUGUUGCUGGCCACCACUCUCGCCGUGCGGGGGAUCCCGCUGAACGUGUCCCUGCAGGAAGACAUCACUCUGCCCCUCACAGGCCUCGCGACCUCCUUCUCUGGCUCCGCUGUGGAGUUCGACGGCAACGAGGAGGCCAUUUUCUACAAUGACAGAUCGAGAGGCCUCGUCUAUAAGUCAAACCUGAAUGGCACUGUCCAACAGAUUGUGACGGGCUACAGAGUGGGAACAAUCGAUGCCAUGGCUUACGACUGGACGUCCAAAGUCUUGUUUUGGACCACAAGCACAUACAAGGUGGUGGCGGCCUUUAGAGUCACGGACAAAUCCAGACGAGACAUUGUGACUGGACUGAGAAAUCCAAAAGGAAUUGCAGUGCAUCCGAGUGCCGGCUACUUGUUCUGGUCGGACUGGUACCGUCCAGCAGUCAUCAUGAGAGGCUUCACUGAUGGGAGCAAUGCUGUUCCUCUGGUCAACACAACACUGGGGUGGCCAUAUGGGCUCUGUGUGGACUACAUGUUGGACAGAUUGUACUGGGUGGAUUCUCUCUUGCACCAGAUUGGCCACAUUAGCAUUCAAGGCCAUGGCAGAGAGACGUUCACUAACAUCGGCCAGAUCACGCAGCCGUAUUCCUUGACGAUAUAUUCAGACUACCUGUAUGUGUCUGACACACGGACCAGAGCAAUAUUCGAGAUGAGGAAGAGGGAUGGUGGAGGAAACAUUAGAGUCAGACAAGGAGUGAAUGGAAUCAUGAACAUCAAGGCCUACACGGCUGAUCUUCACAGCACAUUUACCAGCCGAUGCAACACGGUGCCCAACGGGCGCUGCAGCCACUUCUGCUUCCCAACUCCCGCCUACAGUCGAGUGUGUGGUUGUCCAUACGGCAUGAAGCUCCAGGACAACCAGAGGGACUGCGUCAAGGACGAUUCAGUCGUCCCACCUGACAGCAUCUGUGGCAACAACGCCUUUGAGUGUGACGAAGGACGGUGCCAGCCCAACUCUUACCGCUGCGAUGGCAUUGCUGACUGUGUGGAUAAGACGGAUGAGGCCAACUGCACAGAUACAGGAACAACCUGUUCUCCGUAUGCGUUCACCUGCAAUAAUAAGCACUGCAUCAUGCCCAGCUGGCGCUGUGACGGCAUGGACGACUGUGGCGAUGGAUCUGAUGAAGCGGACUGUCCCACCCGCGUGCCCACCACCUGUUCGGCCAGCUCCUUCACCUGCGACAACAACAGGUGUAUUUCCAAGCAGUGGCUGUGCGACGGUUACAAUGACUGUGGCGAUGGCUCCGACGAACACAACUGCAAUGCAACCGUCACUACUUGCCCGCCUUCCUACUUCCUGUGUCCUAACCAAGGCUGUAUCUACAUCUCCUACAUCUGUGAUGGAGACCAGGACUGCCUGGAUGGAUCUGAUGAGAAAGACUGUGAGUUUUCCUGUGCCUCCUCUGAGUUUGCCUGUGCCAGCGGGGACCAGUGCGUCAGUUCGGGAUAUCGGUGCGAUGGAGUCUUUGACUGCAGGGACCAUUCUGAUGAACAAGACUGUCCCACUCGAGGUCCAGGCCUCUGCCACAAUGAUGAAUUCCAAUGCCAGACCGAUGGUUUCUGCGUCCCGCAUACAUGGGAGUGCGACGGCCAUCCAGACUGUGAGGACGGAUCUGACGAGCACAACUCCUGCCCUCCCGUCACCUGCGGACCCAACUACUUCCAGUGUGCCAACAAAAUAUGCGUCCCGACAAGUUGGCUGUGUGAUGGUGACAAUGACUGCCGGGACAUGAGUGAUGAACAGAACUGCCCCACGCCCCCAUUUAGUUGUCCGUCUGGACAGUGGCUGUGUCCCACUGACCAGGUGUGCAUCAACCUGGACAAGGUGUGCAACGGUCAGAGGGACUGCCCCAACGGAGCAGAUGAGUCACCUAUCUGCAAUCAAGAUGAUUGCGCACUGAACAACGGGGGCUGCAGUCACGACUGUAUCCAAGGACCUUUUGGGGCCCAGUGCACCUGUCCACCAGGGUUUCAUCUCAAUGACACCAAGAACUGCGAGGACAUCGACGAGUGUCUGAUCCCGGGGUUCUGCAGCCAGCAGUGUUACAACGAGAGAGGAAGCUUCAGGUGCUACUGCUCACACGGCUACCUCCUGGAGCCUGAUGGACGCACCUGCAAGGCUACAGAUCAACUUUCUGCUGUACUUCUGGUCACAAAGCGUAGCCAGAUAAUUGCCAACCAUAUCAACAUGAAGCCACCACAGAUGAAUCCCGUGAUCAGCGGCUCCAGCAUCGUGACUGUCGACUUUGACAGCGUGACGUCCAAAAUCUACUGGGCAGACGCCUCACAGAAGAAGAUAUGGAGCUCCAACAAGAAUGGCACCGACAGACGUGAAGUGUUCUCCAGUGGUCUGAUGGUUCCAGAGAGUGUAGCCGUGGACUGGGUGGGUCGUAAUCUUUAUUGGACGGAUUCUGUCAUGGAGAACAUUGAGGUGUCCACUCUCGAUGGCCACUUCCGCAAAGUCCUCCUCUCUAAGAAUGUAACCAGCCCCCGUGGACUAGUUCUGGACCCUCGCAACUACACUAAUCUGAUGUUCUGGUCAGACUGGGGUCAGAACCCCAGGAUCGAGCGCGCCUACAUGGAUGGAACAUUAAGACAAAUCAUUGUCAGCACUAAGCUCUACUGGCCCAAUGGUCUGGCCCUGGACUACACCACACGCAGGGUCUACUUUGCUGAUGCCUACCUCAAAUAUAUUGACUACUGUGACUAUGAUGGCAAGAACCGCCAUCAGGUCAUGGCAAGUGACAUGGUUCUCCAGCACCCACAUGGCAUGACCAUCUUUGAGGACAGCAUCUACUGGUCUGAGCGUUACACCAGUAAAGUGAUGAGAACGAACAAAUUUCACGGUGGUAACAUCACCACUCUGAUGAACAACGUCUACCAACCCAUGGGCAUCGUUAUGGACCAUCCCAUCAAACAACCUAUGGCCAUCAACCCAUGCAGAGAGCACCUGUGCACUCAGCUGUGCCUGCUGUCAGGCCUGAGACCCAGGUACUACACCUGCCACUGUCAGUCUGGCUGGAAGCUGGAUGCCGACAAACGCACCUGUGUCAAAGAUGACGCUCCCUUCCUGAUGGUGGUGAGAGAUUCGGUGAUUUUUGGCAUUCCUCUCGACCCCGCCGACCCUUCAAACAACGCAAUGACCCCCGUGUCUGGCAUCAGCCAGGGACGUGACAUUGACUUUGAUGACCAGGAGCAGUUUGUCUAUUGGGUGCAGGGCACUGGUUCUAUAUGGCGGGUGAAAACCAGUGGUACCAACAGGUCAGAGUUCGCUCCGGCUGCCUUCAUGGGAUCACCCUCUGGACUUGCUUUUGAUUGGAUAAGCCGGAUAAUGUACUACACCAAUCCUAGUGCAAAAACCAUAGAGGUGAUCCGCGUCGAUGGGAAACAACACUACAGGAAGACCCUCAUCACCUCCACUGGCAAACCAGAGGGAGUGGGAGAAGCCAUGGGAAUAGCUGUGGAUCCAGUAGGAGGGAAGUUGUUUUGGACAGACAAGGGCUCAGACAGUGGAGUCCCUCCAAAGGUUGGCAGCGCUGACAUGGAUGGGGGAAACCUCCGGAACCUCUUCACGGGCAACAUGGCCAACAUAGGAUUCCUCACAGCAGACCUAUCUGCUCGUAAACUGUACUGGGGUGUAGCAGGCUCAGGAGUGAUUGAAAGUGGCACCAUGGAUGGAGUAAGUCGGGUGAGGGUGGUCAGUAGUCUGUCUCAUCCGUGGGGGCUGACAAUUUACCAGAACCACCUCUACUACACCGACCUGGACUAUGAGGUCAUCGAGAGGGUGGACAAGGACACCGGAGCCAACAUGGUGGUGAUGAGGAGCGGCAUGUCUGGUCUGCGUGCUCUCAAAGUGCACGCCAGAGACAACUCAGCAGGGACGGCAAAUGCCUGCAGUUCCAACAAUGGCGGCUGUCCUCACCUCUGUCUGCCCAAACCAAACAAUCAGAAGACCUGUGCCUGCACCACAGGAUUUAACCCCUCUCAGGAUGGCACCCGCUGUGAACAGUAUGAAUCCUUCGCCGUCAUCUCCACCCCCAAGUACAUCCGUGGUUUCCACAUAAACAGCUCAGAUCACUCGGAGGCUAUGGUGCCUGUUGGUGGACCUUCCUACUCCAUUAAGGGGAAGCUGGACCUCCAUAUUGAAUCUGGCUUUGUGUACUGGACCGAUAACACCACGUCCACAUCCUACAGGGGCAUCUUCAGGGCCAAAACAGACGGUGGAGAUUACAGUGAUGUCAUCAAUUCAGGCAUUGGAAGAGGUGGCAUCCAAGGCCUUGCUGUAGACUGGGUUGCAGGUAAUUUAUACUUCACCAAUGCCUUUGACAGCGAGACCUUCCUGGAAGUGUUGGCCAUCAACACCACCUACCGAAUGAUUCUACUUAAGUCCUCUGAGGACCGGCCCCGUGAUGUGGCCGUCAGCCCCAAGCUACGCUACCUCUUCUGGACUGAUGGCGGCCAAACACCCAAGAUUGAACGCGCUCUCUUGGAUGGCACUAACCGCACAGUGUUGGCAUCAGAGAGCAUUGCUUCACCUCGCGGCUUGACUGUGGAUUACACUAAUGACUUCCUCUAUUGGACCGAUGAUGUUCUUGAUAUGAUCUCCCGUAUGGCCGUAGACGGCACUCAGAGGCAGAUCGUCAGGUAUGGGAGUCGGUAUCCGUCUCCAACAGGAAUGGCUAUAUUGGGGAACUACAUGUUAUGGGUGGAUAACAAGCUUGGGAAGCUCUUCCAAGCCAGCAAAGACCCAGCCAAUACCAACCAACCAGAGGUAAUUCGAGACAAUCUUGAUGGGGCGAUGGACGUCACCAUCUUUGAUGCUCAUGUCCAGCCCACAUCUGCAAACCAGGUGGGCUUUCACCCAUGCCAAGAAGAUAACGGACGCUGCCAGCAGCUCUGCUUCGCCAUCGCUGGCCAGGAGAAACCGAAAUGUGGUUGCGCACAUGGGUCGCUCCUUAGUAAUGGGGUAACAUGUGGUUAUGGACUAGACGAGUUUCUGGUUUUCACCACAGACUACACACUGAGCAGCCUUAGGCUGGACCCUGCAGACCACAGCACUCCCCUCCCAUCAGUGAACUUAGGGUACAACAUGAUGGGUUUGGAUUAUGACUUCAAGGAGAAGCGGAUUUUCUUCUGCCAGUACAUGGGGAUUGGUCGAAGCAGGAUUGCCUACAUCAGUACAACCUCUCCCACCAGCCCCCCUGUCAAUAUAGCUACAAAUUUAGAUGAUCCAGAGGGACUGGCAUAUGAUUGGGUCAAUGAACGUCUCUAUUUCACUGACUACUAUAGAGACAAUGUCCAGUCCAUCGGGUUGAAUGGGAUGAAUCGCUCCAUUAUCGCCCAAGCAAACAGCCCCAGAGGCAUUGUUGUCGACCCCUGCUACGGUUACCUCUACUGGACUGACUGGGGUUUUCCGGCAAAGAUCGAGAGGGCAACACUGGGAGGAAACUUUCGCGUUGCUAUUAUUAACAGCAGCCUGUCAACACCCAAUGCUCUUUCUCUGGAUUACAAAGAAAGAAUGCUCUACUGGGCUGAUGCAUCAUUAGACAAGAUAGAACGAGCUUCUCUGACCGGACAAAAUCGACAGGUGAUUGUGCAGGGUGUCAUGUACCCAUUUGCCAUGACAGUCUUUCAGCAGGACAUUUUCUGGACUGACUGGACUGAGAGAGGCAUCUUCCGGGCCGGGAAGGACGAUGGCUCUGGCUUUGCGGUGUUAGCCCAGGAUAUGCAGUACCGACCAAACGACAUCCAUGUUUACUCUGGGUCCAAUCAAGAGAGCUGUACCAGCUCCUGUCAGCAGUUCAAUGGCGGCUGUAGUCAUGUCUGUGUUUCAGGUCCAGUGGGCCCAGAGUGCCAGUGUCCUCAUGAGGGAAAGUGGUACCUGGCCAACAACGGCAAAGACUGCAUUCAGGACACAGGAUCACGGUGUCAGCCAGAACAGUUUACCUGUCUCAAUGGUAACUGCAUCUCAGGAAGCUGGAAGUGUGAUGGCCACAGUGACUGCUACGAUAACUCUGAUGAGCUGGAGCGAGUGUGUGCCUUCCACACCUGCUCAUCUAUGGACUUCACCUGUGACAACGGUCGGUGUGUGCCGCUCGGCUACGUCUGCGACUAUACAGACGACUGUGGUGACAACAGCGACGAGAGGGGCUGCCCCUUCCCCACCUGUAACCCCACCACUGAGUUCACCUGCGCCAAUGGACGCUGCAUCAGCGCAGCCUUCAUCUGCGACGGCCUCAACGACUGCCUAGACAACGCCACGUCUGAUGAAAUCAACUGCCCUGACAGGACGUGUCCUGCUGGUCAGGUGAAGUGCGACACCACAAACAUCUGCAUCUACCCUGAAAACCGGUGUGACGGCAACAACAACUGUGGAGACAACAGCGACGAGAAUCCUCUCUUCUGCGCGAGCCGCACAUGCUCUCCAGACGAGUUCCUCUGUGACAGAGGGAAGUGUAUCCCCGGGGAUUGGGUGUGUGACACAAUCAGAGACUGCAAUGAUGGGACAGACGAACCUUUGUCCUGCAAGGACCAGAUCAAGACAUGCAGUCCCAGCCAGUUCACAUGCACCAAUGGAAACUGCAUUCCCCAGUCACUGGUCUGCGAUGGCAACAAUGACUGCUGGGACAACAGUGACGAGGCUCCUGAACUACAGUGUGGACAACGUACCUGCAGUUCCAGCCAGUUCACCUGCCCGACCUGGUACCCUGGCCAGCCACGCUGUGUCUCGCUGAACUUUGUGUGUGACGGGGAGAGAGACUGCGCCGAUGCUGCAGAUGAACUCCAGAACUGCCCCAACCGGACCUGCCAUAUGGAUGAGUUUGCCUGUUCCAACGGACUCUGCGUCCUUCUUCAUUACCGCUGCGACCGUGUGAAUGACUGCGGUGAUGGCAGCGACGAGUUGGGCUGCGUUUACGACACGUGCAGCAGCAGCCAGUUCACCUGCGGCAACGGAGCCUGCGUCCCCUCCACGUUCACCUGCGAUGGGGAAAACGACUGCACGGACGGCUCCGACGAGGCGGACAGUCUGUGCACUACGCCCCAUCCCACCUGUGCCCCCCAGCAGUACAUGUGCAAGUCGGGCGAGUGCAUCGACAACAGCAAGGUGUGCAACGGACAGAAGGACUGCCAGGACAACAGUGACGAAAAAGGCUGCGGAAUCAAUGAGUGCAGCAACCCUUCCGUCCACAGGUGUGCGCAGAUCUGCACCGACACCCUGACCAGUUACUACUGCUCUUGCCAUCCUGGCUUCCAACUCAUGCCGGACGGCAAAGCGUGCGAGGACCUCAACGAGUGUCUGAGCACACCUGCUGUCUGCAGCCAGAUCUGCGAGAAUGCCGUCGGCUCGUACCACUGUAAAUGUGCCCCAGGAUACGUCAGGGAAGCGGACGGUCGCACCUGUCGCCAGAACAGCGGCAUCGCGCCAUACCUGUUGUACAGCAAUCGCUACUACAUCCGCAACUUGACCACAGACGGGUCACAUCUGAGUAUCGUCCUGCAGGGGCUGUCUAAUGCGGUGGCACUGGAGUUCGAUCACUAUGAGCAGAGGCUUUACUGGUUGGAUGCCGGCACAGGGAAGAUUGAAAGGAUGCGCUUUGACGGGACUGAGAGGGAGACGGUGGCAGAUGAAGACAUGAGAGGAGUCGAGGGCCUGGCACUGGAUUGGGUGGGCAGGAAGUUGUACUGGGUGGAUGGUUAUUAUGGCUCAGUGCAUGUGAUGGAGCUGGAUGGGCGCUACCAGAAGAGACUGCUGUCGGGGCAGUUCACAGUUGGAAAUAACACCUACAUUAUUAGCAGACCUCGCGCUGUCGCUGUCAACCCUAAAUUUGGUUGGCUAUACUGGACUGACUGGGCUGAUGAAGCAUACAUUGGCAGAGUUGGCAUGGAUGGAAGCAACGUCAGCGCCAUCAUCACCACCAAGCUCGAGUGGCCAAAUGCUUUGACCAUAGACUACACCACCAACAAGAUCUUCUUUGCUGACUCCCACCUUAACUUCAUGGACUUUGCAGACAUGGACGGUCAGAACCGACAGCGGGCCAUUGCUGGGACUCUUCCUCAUGUUUUUGCUGUCUCCCUCUUUGAGGACUGGCUCUACUGGACCGACUGGAACACGCACACUGUCGAGAAAGCCCACAAGUACACCGGCGAGCAGCGCACCAUCAUGGGGAACAACACACAUCGACCAUAUGACAUUCAUGUCUACCACCCCUACAGGCAGCCUCGAAGUGAAAACCCCUGCUCCUCCCACCACCUGACCUGCAGCCACCUGUGUCUGAUCACAUCUGGUGGCCAACAAGCUUCCUGCAGCUGUCCCGAUCACUUCAUCCCCCUGGCUGUGGGCUUCAAGAUUCAGUGCGUCGCUGACUGCUCCAGCACCCAGUUCCGCUGUGGGGACAACGAGAGGUGUGUUCCAAUAUGGUGGAAGUGUGAUGGACAGUCAGAUUGUGGCGACGGCUCAGAUGAACCUCAGACAUGUCCUCCUCGUCACUGCCCCAUUGGCCAGUUCCAGUGUAAGGAUGGUAACUGCACGUACCCCGGCUUCCUCUGCGACGGCCACUCAGACUGUGCUGACGGCUCAGACGAGGACGCCGCACUCUGCAGUAACCACCGCUGUCAGGAAAACCAGUUCCAGUGUAAAAACAAACACUGCAUCCCUGUGUCCUGGCACUGCGAUGGAGCGAAGGACUGUUCCGACGGCAGUGACGAGGACUCAGAGACUUGUGCCCAGAGAACCUGUGCACCGGGGCAGUUCCAAUGUGCCAACGGGCGCUGCCUGCCAUCGAGCUACGUGUGUGACGUCCAGGAUGACUGUGGCGACGGAUCUGAUGAACCGUAUGAUACCUGCAUGGGCCCAGGCUACAAGUGUGACCCAGACACCGAGUUCUCCUGCAAGACAAACUACCGCUGUGUUCCUCAGUGGGCUCGCUGUGAUGGCGCCAACGACUGCAUCGACAACAGUGAUGAGCAAGGCUGCGAGGCGGUGACAUGUGAUCCUCUGGGAGAUUUCCGAUGCGACAACCACCGCUGUGUGCCCAUUCGCUGGCAGUGCGACGGCAGCAACGACUGCGGUGACGGCUCAGAUGAGAGGAACUGUCAGCCGAGGCCUUGCUCGGAAAGUGAGUUCCGAUGCGACGAUGCGCAGUGCAUCCCUGGAAACUGGGUGUGUGACCAUGACAACGACUGUGGGGACAACUCAGAUGAACGAGACUGUGAGCUGAAAACUUGUCGUCCAGGUUUAUUCCAAUGUGACUCAGGUCACUGCAUCCCCGCUGCCCUGGAGUGUGAUGGCCGUCCAGACUGUCAGGACCUGUCAGACGAGACCAGCUGUCCUACUCGUUACCCAGGAGGCCGCUGGUGUCCGCUCAGCCAGUUCCAGUGUGCCAAUCGUCUGUGUGUGAACCAGGGUUGGGUGUGUGAUGGCACGGACGACUGUGGGGACCGCUCCGACGAACAGCUCAGUUUAUGCUUGAACAUCACCUGUGAGAUGCCGUCCAAGUUCCGCUGUGCCAACGGAUACUGUAUCUACUCCGGCCUUAUGUGCAACCUGAAGGACGACUGUGGAGACGGCAGCGAUGAGGCAGAAGAGCUCUGCCGCGAGCCCACGCUGCCACCUUGCACACUGGAAGAGUUCAAAUGCACCAACGGCGUCUGUGUGCCGCUGCCAUACGUGUGUGACCACAACGACAACUGUGGGGACCGAACGGAUGAGCUGGGCUGCAACUUUGGCGUUGAUCGCAACUGUGAGGAGAAGCUGUGCCAGCACGAGUGCACCAACCUGAACGGCACCGGUUUCAUCUGCUCCUGCAGGAAGGGGUACAGAGUGGACCCAGACAACACCUACAACUGCUUAGACAUCGACGAGUGUGACGUGUAUGGCACCUGUCCUCAGUACUGUAAGAACACCAAAGGCAGCUAUGACUGUGAGUGUGCCCCUGGAUACAGGAAGGUGGGCAACGGCAACAUGUGCGAGGCUGAAGGAGCAACUCCCCUGCUCCUUCUCCCUGAGAACAUUCGUAUCCGGAGGUUCAACCUACAGACGGAGGCCUACCGUGACUUCCUCCAGGAAGAAGAGCAUAUCAUGGGUCUGGACUACGACUGGGACCACAACAACACUGGCUUCAGUAUGGUGUACUUCACUGUGGCCAGUCGGGACUCUGUGCCAGGAGCCAUCAAGAGAGCUUACAUACCGUCAGUGGAUGACGGCAGCAACAAUAUCGGUGCUGCCGUUGACCUCGGCAUCAAGUACAUCACUAGUCCAGGUGGCAUUGCCGUGGACUGGGUGGCCAGAAACCUUUACUGGGCAGACUCCCGCUUGAAGAGGUUAGAGGUGGCCUUGUUGGACGGACGCUACAGGAAGCACCUGGUCUCGACGGACGUAGGUCACCCAUCUGCUGUGGCGGUCAACCCACGACUUGGGAUGUUGUACUGGGCAGACCGAGGGGAAGCAGCCAAGAUUGAGUGUUCUUGGCUGGACGGUCAGGAGAGGAAGGUCCUGGUGGCAGACGGUCUGGGUUGGCCCACCGGCCUGUCCGUUGACUUCACCAAUGGCGAUAGAAUCUACUGGUCCGACUCCAAGGAAAGUCGCAUCGAGUCUGUUCUGCCUUCAGGAGACGAUCGAAGAACUGCGGUUUACAUCGACGUGAGAAACCCCUUCAGCGUGAGCGUGUUCGAGGACCACGUUUACUGGAGCACUCAGGAGAAAGGCGAGGUGUUCCGCCAGGAAAAGUUUGGCCGUGGAGCAAAGACCAAGCUCCUGACUGCCGGGCCCUGGCUCACUCAGGUGUCUGUGUACCAGCAGCAGAAAUACAACUCCAUAGGCAUGAAGAAUCCUUGUAAAGGAACUUGUAGCCAUCUGUGUUUGUUGCGCCCGGGAGGUUACACCUGCGCCUGCCCCAAGGGCAUCAGCUUCACCCCUGGCAGUAACACUGACUGUGAUGCUGGAUUCAUUCCACCGCCUACUAUGCCACCGCCAUGUCAGUGUCAAAAUGGAGGCACGUGCUACUUUGAUGACGACAAAGCUCUCUGCAGAUGUCCUCCAGAAUGGACGGGAGACUACUGCGAGACAAACAUAUACACCGCGGUCGCAUCCUCAAUUGGAAUAGCAAUCGGCGUGACAGUAGUGGUCGUGGUGAUUCUGAUGGUUCUGGUCUACGCUGCCAGGAAGAAAUCAAACCUGCUGGAGACGGUGCGGGGCAACCUGCCCUCCAUGCCUAAAAUGCCCAGCAUGCCAUCGUUCCCCACCAUGGCAAACUUCAGGACGCGAAAUGGCCCAAGACCAGAAAACGGUGAAACGAGACUGAAUUCAGAACCGGUCCCCUCUCUGUCUGUUUCCAUGGUGGACGAGGACGACAAUAAUUUUGAGAACCCGGCGUAUGAAGCUGGAGAUCAACUCACUGUCAGCCGCGUGGUGCCGGUCACGUCUGCUCCUGGUGGAAUAAACAAGGAGAACAUUGAUAAUCCUUUGUACGCAGAAGACGUUCAGGCCAGGAGCGCUGCAGAGGAACCUGCUCCUACCAAAAAGGAGGCUUUUGAGAACCCGGCAUAUGACUCGGAGACAGAAGACGCUGACGUCCCUUCUGCACAACCGGCUGCAGCAGGCAUACAGUUUGGAGCGAGUGGGGAUGACAGUUUUGUGGCUUUCAGAAAUCCUGCGUAUACGGAAUACUCACAAGCGCCUGCUGCUGAUUCUGACGUCUAGGAUUAGACCGCACCACAUGUCAAGUCUGACACCUCACUCUUGAAAUAACUGCACGGUUCAACAGACUGAAAAUGUCACAUGCUGGACAACCAGGAACAAAUCAACCCCAAUAGUUUGUACAAGAAAAUUACUUUGUGUGUCACAUCGUAAACGCAUUGCUUUAAUUUUAGUGUCGCUGUUUGUGUAAAAAAGAAAGAUGUUAUUCUAGAGGAUUUAAUGUAACUAAUUUGUUUAAUGAUGGAAUGAAUGAAUAAAAACGUGUUUUUUAUGAUUA